AUGGGUGAUAAGGUGCGAUGGCCAAAAGAAAUGAGAUCAAAUCCAAAUAGGCGUAACCCUGAUCACUGGUGUGAAUUUCACAAUGAUCAUGGUCAUAAAACGGAUGAUUGUAGAUUGCUACAAGGUGAGGUAGACCAUUUAUUAAAGCAAGGAUAUCUUACCGAACUAUUUAGCGAAAAAGGUAAGCAAGCGUACAUGAAGAACAGGCAGGAGCCCCCUAAACCUCCUUCUCCGAAAAGGACCGUUAACGUUAUAAGCGGGGGCGAAGAAAUUAACGGUGUGACAUAUACGGCAGCCAAGAAAAUUUCUAAAGUUACAGUUACACACGGGAAGCGGGUCCGACAUGUUUUGGAGGAAGAAAGCAUUACAUUUGAUGAUGCAGACGCGGACGGCAUACCAACUCCACACAACGAUGCACUGGUAGCUCCGUGA